AUGAGUGAACAAGACCAAAGAAACAGAGUUGUCUUCCUCGGCGCUGGCGGGGUCGGGAAAAGCUCCAUUUUGAAAAGGUUUCUUUUCAAUACAUACAGUGAUACUUACCUCGAAACAGUAGAAGACUUAUAUUCUAGGGAAUACACUUUUCAAGGUGCGGAAGUGAUUGUUGAUUUUCUGGACACCGCUGGGAAGUUGGUAUUUCCAGCAAUGAGGCGCCUGUCGAUAACAACAGCACAUGCUUUCGUUCUAGUAUAUUCGGUGACUGAACCCGAAACGUUUGAAGAGGUAAAACGCUUAUGGGAAGAGAUCAAGGAAGUUAGAAGUAAUUACGAGGACUUGCCAUGUGUUAUCGUCGGUAACAAAGUUGACCUUGAGGAUAACAGACAAGUGGAAAAAUUUGACGCACUAAACUGGGUUUAUAAUGAUGAAAACUGUGGGGCGUUCGUAGAGGUCUCUGCUAAGAACGGUGAAUGCAUUGUAGAAGUGUUCAAACUACUAAUGGAAAAAGCAAAGAAUCCAAGAGCAAAGAUAAAUGAACCCUUUAUGCCGCGCAGAUUGAGUGAACAUUCCCUGGAGGUGCAAUCCCAGGCAGAGGUCAGUGCCAAUAAAACUAGUGAAAAUGGGAGCAAGUUUAGUAGAACCAGAAGUCUUAUUCGACGAGGAAGUAAGCCAAAGAUUCGAAAGUCUCAUGCCCGCUCCCAGCACCGACAGGACUGUGUUAUUUCCUAGACUUUUCCGAUUGAAUAUUUUAGCGAUUUUAACAAUACAUACAUUGUGAUUUAUUUUGGCUUUACGUAAUCAAGUGUAUGCGUCUAUAAGUCUUCUAGGAAACUUGUUUUUAAUCAAGAUUUAAACUUUUAAAGGAAUGCAAUAGAAAUUUAGAUUAUUUAAGCAGAUUUUAAAUACUAUCAAUUGUGAUAUCAAACUUAUGACUUUAGAGUCAGUAAGUUUAAGAAUACAGCCCAACCCCGUUGACUCGAACUCCCAUGGACCGGCGAAAAUAAAUUGAGCCUCGGAAAUAUCGAGCCAAGCGGAAAUUCCUACAUUCAGUUAAAAGAAAUUGGUCCUUAAAAUCUUGUUCGAGCCAACGAGGAAUUCGAGCCGAACGAGUUCGAGCCAACGGGG